GAACAUGACGUGAGAUCCCUAAUUAUAGGCUAUACUAAGAACGAGUUGGUGGAGUGUUCCCUACUGGUUUUGAAAGAGAUUUUGGCUUCAUAUCUCCGCUUAAAGACUGUUUUCUUACCUUUUUAAGUAGUGAGAUAAUCAGCAGAUCAAAAUGUGGAAGAUUUUUGGAGGAAAAAGUAAAGAGCAACCGCCAACAACUCAAGAGGCAAUUCAGAAGUUACGGUCCACAGAGGAAAUGUUGACGAAAAAAAGUGAAUUUUUAGAAAAGAAAAUCGACGGAGAAGUACAAACAGCUAGGAAAUUUGCUUCAAAAAAUAAGAGAGCUGCUCUGAUGGCAUUAAAGAGGAAGAAACGACUCGAAAAACAACUUCAGCAAAUCGAUGGAACGUUGUCUACGAUUGAGUUUCAAAGAGAGGCGCUGGAGAACGCUAACACUAACACUGAAGUGCUUAAAAAUAUGUCGUAUGCUGCAAAAGCAUUGAAAUCUGCUCAUCAACAACUUGAUGUUGAGGAUGUGCAUGAAAUGAUGGAUGACAUUCAAGAACAGACAGAACUGGCAGAUGAAAUAUCUAGAGCCAUAUCAGAACCAGCAGGCUUUGGAAUGGAAGUAGACGAGGAUGAAUUACUGAAUGAACUUGAAGAACUUGAACAAGAGGGACUGGAUGAACAGUUGCUAGAUGUUGUUGGAACAAGUAGUCUGCCAGCAGUUCCUGAGACAGAACCACCAGCUGCCCCAGCCAAAGCCAAGACUAAAGCAGCAGCAGAAGAAGAUGAUUUAAGAGACCUUGAGGCAUGGGCCUCUUAGAUUCAAUUGAUCAUUUAAACUUUUUUCAUGUUUAGUCUAGGACAGUCUUGUAAUCAACCCCUGCCAAAAACAACAUACUGUUUGUGUAGUGGCCUCUUAGGACAGUCAGUUAUUUCCUUAAUCUUUUUCAGUUUGAGCACUAAAUAUUUAAAGCUCUUGAAAUACAAUUCCUGGUAUGGAUAUAGCAUGGUCAAAGUCAGUAUUCAAUAAAAUCCUCAGUACAGUGAAUACUCUGUAACAAGGAACAGGUCAAAACUUGGCAAGGUAUACCGAGAAAGGUCACUGAUGUUAAAAUAUUGUGGAUCAAUAUAUGAAAUGUAAAUUUUUGCCACCCAUCAGUAAAAAUGGGUUGAUACCA